GACACACCUUCUUCUCUUAGAAUUACGGGAACUCAGGGUACACACAUGAGCCCUGUUCCAGACGUUUCUUUUAUCAGGGGAAUUUUCAUGAAACAUACGCCCAUGGAGCCGAUGACACUAUCUGUGUCAACACUGUGGUCUGAAAACAGCAGUGCGUCUCUGCCAUCCGGUCCAACUGAGGAUCCGGCCUCGGCAGAAUGGGAGCUUGUCCACACCAUCAUACCCCCGUACAUCUUAACCUUAUCUCUGUUAGGCCUUCUCUUUAACAGCUUUGUCCUGGGGGUGUUCUUUGCCCACAAGGAUCGCCUAACUGUAGCGGAGAUUUACCUGAGCAACCUGGCGCUGGCUGACUUUAUUCUCCUGUGUGGCCUCCCCUUCUGGGCGAUGAACAUCCUCAACAACUUCAACUGGCCAUACGGAGAUGCCUUAUGCAAACUGGUUAACUCCAUCAUCAUCAUCAAUUUCUACACCAGCAUCCAAACCCUUGUCAUGAUUAGUGUUGACCGCUACCUGGCACUUGUGAAGACCAUGAAGGCCAGGUGGCUGAGACGGACACUCUUUGCCAAGGUGAUCUGCUCCAUCCUGUGGAUAUCAGCGGUCGUACUGAGCAUGCCAACCAUUGUUCACAGAAAGGUGAAGUUUAUCAAGGAGCUCAAGACAAUGUCCUGUAUACUGGAUUAUAACCAUGACAGCUCUUGGAAGUUGGCCCAUCACUUUCUGGUAAAUGUUGUAGGCUGUGUACUCCCUGUUCUGGUAAUUGUUUUCAGCAGUGGGAACAUAAUCAAGGCUUUAGUCCAAAGGAGGGAGAGUGUAGCUUAUCAUGACACUAAUGACACAAAGGCCACAGUACUGGUGUAUGCUGUCACACUACUUUUCUUACUGUGCUGGGGUCCCUUCCAGGUCUUUACCUUCCUCGACACACUCUGUGAUCUCCACGUGCUGGAUGAGAAGCUGUGGUCCCACACGCUCGAUAUAGGAAACCAGGUUUCAGUGUAUCUGGCCUUUCUCAAUAGUGCUCUGAACCCAGUGCUGUAUGUCUUCUCAGGGCAGUACUUUAGGAGGAAGGUUAGCACCAUCUACAGGAGGACUCGACGUCGCAGAGAAUCAGAUAUGACCACAUAUCAACGCUCUGUUGUGUCCACUUACAUUAACAGAACGGAGCAAAUUAAGACUGUGGUCAUUUUUAAUGCAGGCUGAGAUGUGACUCUUCAUGACAUCAUCCACUUCUGUUGCUGCUUUUGUAAAAUGCGAUGCAAUAUACAGGAUAUGAGUCUAAAGGUUCUUAUUUCAUUUCAUGAGACUUAACAUAAUAUGUAUGUAAUGCUGUUAAAUGGUUUAAAACCACUAACAAAGGAUGUAUUUGCAGAUAUAAUGGGCACAGCCAUAGUUAAUGGAUGUAAUCUGUAGAAGAAAUGGAAGCAGAUAAUAUGUUUACACUCUCCAUAAAGACACUUGUGUCUUGCUCUGCAGACAUGCAGUAUGUAUUUGAAUUUGUUUUAUUUAACUGACUCCAAAAAGCAGUUUAAAUCUGCAAGCUACCGGGAGAUAAAGGACACUUAACUUUGUAUACAUUACCUGUACAUUCACAAUUCCCC